CUUCCUCGCCGGCCAUCGUCAUCAAUCAUAUCCUAACCUUGUCGUGGGAUUAUAUUUCCAAACGUCUGGUUAGCCAAGGAACACGUAAAGUCACACCAAGCUUAAGCUCAAGGUACUAGCAUCAGUCGCAUUAACGUUGGCAGCGCUAUCGUGACUCGCCAUGUCUCUUCCGAGCGUGUACUCCGAGGCGCCAACAUAUUCCGAGGACAGAGGGCUUCGUCAUACAGCUGUCGACUUUGACUCCUCGGUUGAGAGCAAGCCUCUGGUUGAUCGGAAUACGAGGGAUGCGGUAUUCUUGGUGGUGAUGGGAGUAUCCGGUACAGGCAAAUCUACUCUCGGCGCUGCGCUAUCAAAGGCGCUCUGCCUCCCAUUCAUCGACGGCGACAACCUCCAUCCCCAAUCUAAUGUAGAGAAGAUGUCACGUGGGGAAGCUCUCACAGACACGGAUCGCCAGCCCUGGCUGGAAACUAUCCGCAAGACGGCCGUCAGUAGCGUUCUGAGUCAGCUUAGAGAUGACCACGGGCUGCAUGUGCUGAGUCCCGUGAGGGAUGGAGACCAGAAACCGGGGAUCAUCAUUGCGUGUUCGGCGCUGAAGGGAAGUUACCGGUCGGUGUUAAGAGGUGAAACUCUGCCGGAAGCAGAGGGGCCGAAGCACUCGGGAAAGCUUCUAACAUGCUUUGUUUAUAUGAAAGGUUCGCGGGAGGUGCUCACGGACCGAAUGAUGAAACGCCAGGGGCAUUUCAUGAAGGUGGAGAUGUUGGAUAGCCAGUUGAAGACGCUGGAAAGCCCUGAGAAUGAGGAGGGUGUGGUGACGGUAUCGAUAGAGUGGUCGACUGGGGACCAAGUGCGAGAAGUGGUCAGAGCUCUCGAGGGUGGAGGACUUGGAGCAGUGUAUAAUACGAAUAUAUCUUCCAGGCCAUCGGGAGACCUAUACCCUUGAAACAGAUCAUGUAAAGGCUCUCACCGAGACUAUCAUGAGUCUUUGAGCCAUGAAGGUCGCGACAUCAUAUCUCGCAGCCUCUGCAUCGCAUUGCGCAUAAACAAGAUAUAUGUGUUCAUACACGCUUAUCUUUGUAUGCAUGCCCUCGUUCAGAGACGAACUCAAAAUAAUGACUGUGACAAGACCCCUCAGCAUUCCGCACGCACCUCCGUAUCGGCCAUUGAA